CAAUUUUUAUUGAAAAUCUGAUCUAAACACAUAUCCUCAAACACAACAAAAAAAACGGAAACAAAAUUAAGCUGUAAAAAAUGGAUCUGUUGUGCAACGAUGGCCCCAAGUACACCGAUCCCACCUAUUUCGAUGCUAAACCCGACUCCAAGGCCACCGCCGGCAGCAACCCGAUUCCCAUCACAAACAUACCCAGCCUCACCAAGGACUUGGCGCUCUGCAACAAGCCCCUCUGCGACGAUGCGGACAUGCAGUGCAUCAUCGAUCUGAUCAACGCCACCGUCUGCGAGGCAGUGACCAUCAUCGAGUCCGAUCCGAGAGGUCUCUUCUGCUACAAGAUGCCGGGGAAGGUAUUCUCCGGAGUCAGUAUUUCGUCUGGCUUUCCAUCCGUCGUGGUGAUCGGAGCGCCGGAUGAUGAGGGCCAGGAUCCAUCCACCGCGCACCGAACCCCGCACGCAGGUGGGAAUUCCGAAUCCAGUGGCCUGGUGCGAAAUUUACUGACCAUCGGUAACUUCGACUAUGCCAAUGCCAUUUCCGAUAUCCGGGACUUUAUCAGCCGAUGGGAACUGUCGCCGGACACCAAGUGCGUGGUGAUAAGCAACCCCAACAACCAUGUGGUACCAGUUAAGGGGACUAUCUACUUCGUCGAUGCCCACUUCUCCCGGCCGACACCCCGCUGCCCAAAUCCCCUGGCCGUGGCCAAGGUGCGGUUCAUUGUCACCGUCUCGAAACUGAUGCUGCCCUGCUAUCCGGUGAUGGUCACCUAUCGUUUCGAAGGCUACAACACCCUGUACUAUGCCGUGGGCGAACGGUCGCUCAACUCGUUUACUUUCCAGCGAUUCUACAUCGAUACCAUCUUGCACACCAAACUGAGUUUCUUUGCGGCGAUCGCCGAGUGCCGGCAUGGCACUCUGGAGAACCCCAAGGAUAACGUCAAGACCAAAAAGCAGGAACACUGCUAGUUCCAUUUUCUGUUGCAUUCCCCUGUUUCUGUUAACUCACUGUAGUGCUUCGGAGAGGCAGUGCAUGCGCUGCUCUGCCACGCCCAGACAAACGCCCAGCUUCUCUCGCAGCGCUUCCUUGUCCUCCGACAUGAGGACACUUGUGUGGGUGGAGGCGAGCACUUUCAGCCACCGCAGGGCAGAGCUUACACUGAAAAAGACAAAAGAGUCAUUUUAAUGUUUGUUGAAUAAAGUUUCGGGGAUUCCCACUCA